UAUUGUUGGCACCGUCUCUUAGCUUCAUCUAUAUUUUUAGGGGAUGCAAUCAUUGCUGGGGCAAUUUCUGGAGGAUAAUUUAAUCGAGCAAAUUCUCGUAAUUCAUGAAGUUUAUUACAAAUUUCUGAAUGUAAAACGCUAUAGUCUGGGGAAUGAAUAUCAAAAAGUUAACGAGUCAAAUUUUCUUCAGUUUGGUAAUCUUUAAAUCUAGUGGUUAAA